AUGGUUGCUCGUACCUUUCCUCGUCUUGCUGGGAACGAACGUGUGGUUGUUCGUCAUGACGUGCAAUCAUGGGAUAUCGAAGGAACCUUCGUCGCCCGCGAAAACCGCGUUCCCUACUACCAGCGUCUGUUCCAGCAGCACGAUGGCAAGCGUCAAUGGUGGAAGACCGGCCGUUCCGGUGCUCUCCUCUGGCCCUACUAUAUCUCUCUCUGGGGUACAACUGCCAUCACCACAUACGCCAUGAUUCGUUUGACUCUUGGCCACAAGACUUUCUUCGGCAAGGAGUAA